AGCAUCAUAGCGGCGUAUCGAAAGCUCGGCACGUCAGUAUCCAACAGCACAUCACUAGUUUGCUCUUAUGAAAUGCUCGUACUCAGACUUCUUCACGGCCAUAAGAUCAAGCAAAGGUGCGGAAGCCGCGCAAGGUGUAGGUGAAAGCACGGACUGAAAGGACUUUUCCAGUUUCAAGUGAUCUUCUCCAACCGGUGAGCUAUCGUGACCUGCAUCACUUGCACAUUCAUUCCCAUUUUUGCUCUCAACUGGAGACGAUGUAGUGGACUGUGGUCCAGAGGACUCUGGGCUUUCGCCUGUCUGUUCCAGGGCUUUCCCAUUUCACAUGGCCAUACACUGAGGUGUCUAAUGGCCUCCAGCUCAGGGCUGUCCAUGUGAGAAGUGAAUCUGAGAAGAGAAGGGCAGACACUUAAAGAGAGAGAAGAGAUUCCCACAGAGCAUGGCCUGUGCCAAAGAAGAUGGUGUGGAUGAAAGAACGGUGGACAUUAAAGAAGAGGACUGUGAGCAGCUCACACCAGAGGAUGUGCGUGUGAAGCUGGAGGAUCACGAAGAAAGAAUUUCAGUUUUUAAAGCGGAGGAGGAGUGCAAGGGGGUGACUGUUACCAUUAAAGCUGAGGAUUUGAAUGAUUUCUCUGUUGGUCUUGAACUUCAAAAGCAUGAAACUGAGGAUAUUUUCAAGAAAGAGGCCUGUAAAGAAUCUCCAUCCAGUUUACAGUCCUGGUCCACUAAUACGGGACAACUGGCUAUGCAGAAGAAUUCUGUAGAACUGAAACCAGAGUUAUCAGAGUCUGAAGAGAAAAUCACCAAGGAAAAUGGGAGAGAAGGAGAAGAGUCACCUGGGAGUGUUGGAAUAAAAUUGCAGAAGAAUGGCAGCUUAUCUCCACCUUCAUUUGGUCAGCUCUCACUUCAAUACAAAGAGAAAUGUAUGAAGAAAUCAGCAAGAGGAUCAGAGAACUUGACAGCAGCCUUUUUUCAGUGCAGUUCUCUCCCUACUGCUGGAGUAACACAGACAGAAGCCAUCAAAACUGAUCGACAAGAAGUGGAGAAAGAACUCCAAAUUCAUACUGAACAAACAACACAUUGUUGCCCUGAAUGUGGUAAGUCGAUCUCAACGAGAGGCCAUCUUCAGAGACACAGAAGAAUUCACACUGGAGAAAAAUCUCAUUGCUGUUCAGAAUGUGGUAAGUCUUUUCAAAGCAGAAACGAUCUUAAGAUGCAUAGAAGAAGCCACACAAAAGAAAAACCUCAUUGCUGUCCAGAAUGUGGUAAGUCUUUCUCAUGGAGAAGCCAUCUUCAGCACCACAGAAGAAUCCACACAGGAGAAAAACCUUAUUGUUGUCCAGAAUGUGGCAAUUUGUUCUCAUGUAAAAGUGAUCUGAAGAAGCACAGUAGAAUCCACACAGGAGAAAAGCCUUAUUGUUGUCCAGAAUGUGGUAAGUCGUUCUCAUUUAGAAGCAAUCUUCAGAAACACAUGAAAAUUCACUUUGGAGAAAAACCCUAUUGCUGUCCAGAAUGUGGCAAGCGAUUCUCAUGUCAAACCGUGCUUCGAUGCCACAGAAGGAUCCACACUAAACCAGUCCACCAGAAGCCGUACACCUGUUCUGAAUGUGGUAAAGGAUACUCGUCCAGAAGAAGCUUUAGGAGACACACACAAAGUCAUAUUGGAGUAAAGCCUGUCCCAGAAAUGACAAAUGAUCGUUCCAUUGGAUCCUCAACCAAAAAAAAUAAAGAAAAAUCUUCCUAGUUAGUAACGGACUCCAGGUUAAAGUAGUUAAUAAGUACAUAAGAAUAGUGGAGGAAUCCCUGAAAGUGGCAAACAGAUCGUAGCUGCAAGGUGACCUCAGAGCCACAUAUGAAUUCUAUGGAAGAAUAAUUUUAGUGUAACAUAGCAUUCAUCUUAAAGAAAUAGCAUAAAGAGUUAAU